CCAUCUUCUCCAAGCAAAGCCACCCGAUGCCACUCGUUUCGUAACGCCGACAACUCACUCGACUAGUCAACUUCUCUCCCUUGUCUUGUGCUGCCGUAACGCCUCGAUACCGUUCGGUUUCUCGUCGGCAAGGGAUCGAAUCUCGCGGGAGUUGCCGAUCGGGUCGGUUUGGUCUUCGAUUGGAUUGGUGGUGGCCUUUCUGGAAUUCGAGGCCCGAAGCGAGGAUGGGGCUGAUCUCCGGGCUGGUCAUGGGGGCGAUGGUCGGAGUCGCGCUCAUGGCUGGGUGGGCACGCAUGAUGAGGCGCCGCAGCUCUAAGCGCGUCACCAAGGCUGCUGACAUAAAACUUCUUGGGUCUCUGGGUAGAGAAGAUCUGAAGAAACUAUGUGGUGAUAAUUAUCCUGAAUGGAUUUCAUUUCCUGCUUAUGAACAGGUGAAAUGGCUGAACAAGAUGUUGGGUAAAUUGUGGCCUUAUAUCGCAGAUGCAGCAACACUGGUAAUCAGGGAAACAGUUGAACCAUUACUGGAUGAUUAUCGUCCUGCAGGAAUAACUUCGCUUAAAUUCAGCAAGCUAUCUCUUGGGACUGUACCACCUAAAAUUGAAGGUAUCCGAGUUCAAAGUCUCAAGAAUAGUCAAAUUACAAUGGAUAUAGAUUUCCGGUGGGGUGGAGACUUGAGCAUAAUUCUUGCAGUUGAAGCACUUGUUGCUUCACUUCCUAUUCAGUUAAAAGAUCUCCAGGUCUUUACUGUCAUACGUGUUAUAUUUCAACUUUCUGAAGAGAUACCCUGCAUUUCUGCUGUUGUUGUCGCCCUUCUUGCUGAGCCAAAGCCUAAAAUAGAUUAUACAUUGAAGGCUGUAGGAGGGAGCCUUACUGCAAUUCCUGGCCUUUCAGACAUGAUCGAUGAUACUGUCACUACAAUAGUCACUGACAUGCUUGAAUGGCCCCACAGAAUUGUUGUUCCACUCGGCGGAGUUGAUGUCGAUGUUAGCGAGCUAGAGCUUAAACCACAGGGAAAACUCACAGUAACAAUUGUUCGAGCUAAUAGUCUAAAGAAUCUAGAGUUUGUGGGAAAAUCUGAUCCAUAUGUGGUUUUAUAUGUUCGCCCAACAUUCAAAGUUAAAACAAAGGUAGUGGACGACAAUCUCAACCCUGUGUGGAAUGAAACAUUUCAACUGCUUGCUGAAGACAAGGAAACACAAUCUAUUAUUUUUGAGGUUUAUGACGAGGACAAACUUCAACAAGAUAAGAAAAUGGGUGUCGCAAAGUUAGGUUUGCAAGAAUUAGAACCUGGUGUUACGAAAGAAAUUCAGCUAAACUUGCUUGCAUCACUAGAUACACUAAAGGUCAAGGAUAAGAAGGACAGAGGGAGUCUUACCAUAAAGGUACUGUAUCAUCCAUUCACAAAAGAGGAGCAGCUUGCUGCACUAGAAGAAGAGAAGAGGAUUUUGGAGGAGAGGAAGAGACUGAAGGAAGCUGGGCUCAUAGGAAGCACAAUGGACGCACUUGGUGGCGCAGCAUCCCUGGUUGGUACAGGUAUCGGAGCGGGCGUGGGCUUAGUUGGCUCUGGCGUUGGUGCAGGUGUUGGCCUAGUCGGCUCCGGCCUCGGCGCUGGCGUUGGGUUGGUCGGAAGUGGAUUCGGUGCCGUGAGCAGAGCUGGGAAGUUCAUGGGUAAAAGUGUGACGAGUCAAUUCAGCAGCUCAAAAAAGAACGGCCAUUCAGAUGGAAACGCAACCUGAAAGUUGUAAGAUUCAUUCCUUUGUAGCACUCAUUGUCUGUAUGUUCUACCACAAUCGUGCAAUAAACAGUGUGAUGUGUACAAAUGUUCCAUCCGGGUUGUUUUCUGUAUGAAUGAUUGGUUACACAGAUGGAUUCCAAAACUAAGAAACUUAAGAUUCGAUCAUUGUGCUUCCUUGUAA